UUCCGAUAUUUCACUGUGUGUCUCUUUCCGGUUUGACUCUCGUACCGAACGGUCGUGUAGCGUCCGCUUGUUUCGGUCAUCAUGACGUCCAAAGUAUCGCGUGAUACGUUCUACGAGUGCGUUAAUGCCCUCCUCACGCACUCAAAGGAGAAGAAGAGGAAGUUCCUCGAGACCGUUGAACUCCAAAUCGGUUUGAAGAACUACGACCCCCAGAAGGACAAGCGUUUCAGCGGUACCGUCAAGUUGAAGAACAUUCCUAGGCCCAAAAUGCAAGUCUGCAUCCUUGGAGACCAGCAGCACUGUGACGAGGCCAAAGCCCAAAAUGUUCCCUUCAUGGAUGCCGAAGCUCUCAAAAAACUUAACAAGAACAAGAAGCUCGUCAAGAAACUAGCAAAGAAAUACGACGCUUUCUUGGCCAGCGAGUCCCUCAUCAAGCAGAUCCCUCGUCUGCUGGGUCCAGGUCUCAACAAGGCCGGUAAAUUCCCUGGUCUUUUGACCCACCAGGAAUCAAUGACCGCCAAGAUUGACGAGGUGAAAGCCACCAUCAAGCUCCAGAUGAAGAAAGUACUUUGUCUCUCAGUGGCUGUUGGCCACGUCGACAUGAACGAGGACGAGCUAGUGCAGAAUGUUCACCUUGCCAUCAACUUCCUGGUCUCACUCCUGAAGAAACACUGGCAGAACGUUCGUUCCCUGCACAUCAAGUCCUCCAUGGGACCCCCCCAACGAUUGUACUAAAUGAACCUCUGUUUAUUUUCUACAUAAAAAGUUCACGAUCAAUAAAGAAUAACAUAAAAAAUUGUAACAAA